AUGGACCCCUCCACCUUCAUCCUGCAGGGCAUCCCUGGCCUGGAGGCGGCCUAUGUCUGGAUUGCCAUCCCCUUCUGCAUCAUGUACAUCAUAGCCAUCUUGGGGAACUUUGCCAUCUUAUUUAUUGUGAAGAAGGAACCGAGUCUCCAUGAGCCUGUAUACUAUUUCCUCUGCAUGCUGGCCGUCACCGACCUGGUCCUGUCCACAACCACCCUGCCCAAAAUGCUGAGCAUCUUCUGGUUCAAUUCCAGGGAGAUCAGUUUCAAUGCCUGCCUCACCCAGAUGUUUUUCGUUCACUGCUUCUCAGACAUGGAGUCUGGGAUCUUUGUGGCCAUGGCAUUGGAUCGCUACGUGGCCAUCUGCCAUCCCCUGAGACACUCCACCAUCCUCACAAAUUCUGUGGUGGUGAAGAUUGGUCUGGUCAUUCUGUUGCGUGGCAGCAUUCUCAUCCUGCCCUGUCCCUUGCUGGCAAGGCAGUGGCCAUAUUGUAAAAGCAAUAUCAUCGCCCACACUCAGUGUGAGAACAUAGGUGUGGUGAGGUUGGCCUGUGCUGACACCCGUGUCAGUAGUUACUACGGCCUCUUUGUACUAUCUUGUAGGCUUGGUGUGGAUGUGUCUUUUAUCACCCUGUCCUAUAUCCAGAUCCUCAGGGCCAUCUUCAACCUCCCCACAAAGCACGCCCGUAUCAAAACCUUUGGGACCUGUACCUCACACAUCUGUGUCAUAUCAGCCUUUUACAUCCCAACUCUAUUUUCCUCAUUGUCAUCCCGUUUUGGCCAAAAUUUGCCCCGUUAUAUGUACGUUUUCAUUGCUGACAUAUACCUGCUCUUUCCUCCUAUGCUGAACCCCGUCAUCUACGGUGUGAGGACCAAACAGAUUCGGGACAGGCUGCUCUGGCUUUUUACUGCUAAAGGGACUAAAGCGUUUUCCUCAGGUGGUGGCCCUCAGUCCGAGCUCCGUGGAGGGCUGGCUGGUGACAUGGUACUCGUCCCUGAAUCACUGACUGGCCAAUCAGAGAAAGAUUAA